AUUCUGAACGCCAUCAUUCAGCGAGCCCUCGUGGCCAACCCAUCUUCAUCUGGACGACGACAUCCUCCACUUAAUCAGGAUCAGGAUCAUAGCCACUAGCUAUCACCGCACCCGGAUUCCAUACCCAGCCGCACUCCCAUCCUGCAGAGCCAGUCGAGGCAAAUACACGCCCAAACGCAGAAUACGGACCAACGCACCAGUCGCCGCUCAAACAGUGCUCCAUUCGAGCCCUCGGACGAGCGAACGCAGGCGCGCACGCAUCGACCGUGUCCCUCUGGCUCUGUGUGCAGCAAAGCACCUGCCCGCUAUCACCGUCUGACACUCCCACCAUCGCCUUCGCGGUCCACAAAGAUAGUAGCAUACCUCCCAUUCCUCCGCCCAUCUCACAAGCAACUCCGCAACCCUCGCUCGACCGCACAUUGACUUCGAGACUCGACGGGGGCCAUCACUGAUGGAUGACCCGAUAUCGUCGUCGUUGUCGUCAUCAUCAUUGUCCUCCUCCACACCUGCGCUCGCAGCGCCCUCGACGCCCCCACCCUCCAUACCCACUUCCGCGCCAAUCCUGAGCCCAUCCCCAGUCCCAUCCUCUUCCUCCUCCCCCGCCCAGCGCGCGCGCGAUCGCCCCCGCCUCCCCGCCGGCCCGCGCGCCCGCAAAGCGUUCCCGAAAGACGACUCGUAUACCAUCGGCCUCACGCACACACAGUCAAAGACAUACGUGCACGGGCCCUCGUCGCACACACAGUCCCAGUCCCAUUUCCAGUCGAGCUCGCCCUCGUUCGCGCUCGAAGCCGAAAAUGAGUACGUGCGCUCUCGCUCUGCGUCCCCGCACCGAUCGCUGCGCAUCGGAUCGUCGACGCACGAGUUUUUACCUCCGUACGCAUCGCGCGCCAGUGCUGGCGCCGAUCACCCCACGGGAUCGGCCCGGUCCUCGUCCCCGCUGCCCUCGUCUGCUCAGGACCCACCGCCUUCACCUCCUACGACGUCCGA